AUGUCGUCAUUCUACGGUGACUCUGAUCUGACAGAUGAUGGGGAAAUCUUUGAUAUCCAUCAAGGUAUCAUCUUUGCGAUACAUUUAACCCCUACCAUGUAUAGUAGUAUACCCAUCAUCUUCUCGAACCUUCUAAGCUUGAUCCACGAUCUUGCCAAAACGAUGCCAAAUACAGGAAUUGGAUGCUAUCUAUUCAAUUGCUCGAAUAAAGCCACUGACGAAACAGGCGGAAACGGAGACCAAAAUGCCUCAGAUUGGCGCAGACAACUGUUCUCAGAUCGUAAAGGAAUCUAUCCGGUUUUCCGUCUCAACGAUAUCAAUUCCAGCCAAUUGAAACGAGUCAACAAUCUACUUCAGCAGUCAAAAGGGGAAGAUAUCAUUAAACUAUUCAAGCUACUAAGCGAAGAUCCAGUGACUAAUAAUGGCCAGCAAUUGUCAUGGAUGCUUAAUCAAUGUCAAGAUGACUUUACAUACAUUCCUAAGUUCGUCAAACGGUAUAGUGCUCGGCGAGUUUUUCUUUUUACAGACUGUGAUAAACCGUUUAAUGGUUCUACCAGUAUGAGAACUACGUUACAGCAUAAUAUUCAUGAUUUAAAUGCAGCCAAGAUUGGCAUAAUACCUUUUCUAAUGGCUCGAGGUGAUGGAUCCGACGAACAGUUCAACUUGAAGGAGUACAAGAUUUUAUUGGAAGUAGGAGAGAAUGGAAAUCUUGUUGAUGAGGAGAACAGUAAAUCUAGAGUGAAUCAAAUUGCCUUGAAGAAGAUUCAGGAGAAGAUCUCCAAGACGAAGGAGAUUAAACGGACUGCUUUUUCUUGUCCACUCAGGAUAAAUGAUCAACUCACCAUCUCUAUAAAGGGAUAUUCUAUGUUCAACGAGGUAAAACUACGGAUGAUGGAUAGUUUCUACGACGAUGAAGGUACCUAUAAACUUGUUCAUACGAAAACGUACAAACUCUCGAAAGAAACCGGUGAAACGACUAAGGAAAAUGAAGUAGUCAGAGCUUUUCACGUUGGUGAUCAGUACUUUAAUAUGGAUAAGUCAUACUAUGAAAGAUUGUUAAGAUUUGGAGAGAAAGAAAAACCGAUUCUAAAGGUUCUAGGAUUCCGAAAGACGGAGUAUUUCAAUCCUAGCUACACUAUUGGCACGGCCGUAUUCAUCGCUCCAGAUGAUAAUGGCGAUUACACGCAUUCAAGAAGAGCCUUUUCUGCAUUGUAUCAAUCGAUGAUCAGAAAGAGGAAAAUGUGUUUGGUGUGGGGGAUGCCACGUAAGAUGUCUUAUCCAUCAUUAUAUUAUAUGAUACCGACGGAUGAGUCAUUAGGAUUCAAGACAAAUGUGGAAAAUUACCCACAAGGAUUUGCUAUGAUUCAAAUUCCUGAUCGAGAUCAAAUUCGGAUGCUACCAAACUAUGUUACAGAAACACUGCAGCCGACAAGAAUCAUGGAACCAAACCUAUUUGAUUCGAUAGUGAACGAACUACAAAGUGGAUUCAAAUCCUUAGAAAAUCCUCAGCUCAGCUGGUAUUUCAAAGUGUUUGAAGAUUAUCUACUACAGAGAGAAGUGGAGGGGCCGGAAAUCAAGGUGGAAUCGGCAGUGAGUGAAGUUGUCGAUAAGCAGAAGCAGAUGAAUAAGAUUGACGAAUUGAAGUUGAAGAUUAUGAAACUUCGAUUGGAACCAUCGGCAAACGUUAAAGCAAUGAAAAACCAACUCAAUAGAAUGAGUAACUCUGAGAAUUUACACCCUAAAGAGGAUAGGGAAGCCGAUUUACCUCCUAGUAAAAGGACCAAACUACUUACAGACGAACUAGUCAUCAAGGCAUGGAAAUUGAGAGAAUUGAACAAAUUCAACGCGCAACAGUUGAGGGUUUACGUUAAUUCCAAGCCUAAUUUGAUAGAACGGUCCAAUACUAAGGAUGAGAUGAUCCGAAAUAUUGAGGAAUAUUUAAAUCGAGUCGUUACGAGUCGCGAAUAA